AUGAAAAUGGCUAUGGCACAAAACAAAUCAUCAAUAGUUUCCAUAAAUGUAGGAGUUGUGUUGGACAUGGAUGAAUGGUUUGGAAAAAUGGGUUUGAGUUGUAUAUCUAUGGCUUUAUCGGACUUUUAUAGCAUUGAUGGCUCUAAUUAUAAGACUAGGUUGGUUCUCCAUACUCGUGACUCGAAGAAAGAUGUUGUUGGUGCUGCUGCAGCAGCACUUGACCUAUUGAAGAAUGUUGAAGUGGAAGCCAUAAUAGGUCCAAUUUCAUCAAUGCAAGCAGAUUUCCUCAUCAAUUUAGGCCAAAAAUCACAAGUUCCAAUCAUCUCCUUCUCUGCAACGAGUCCAUCAAUUUCAUCAUUCCGCAAUCAAUAUUUUGUUCGUACAACUCAUAACGAUUCAUCUCAAGUAAAACCUAUCAGUUCAAUAAUCCAAUCAUUCGGAUGGCGACAAAUCGUACCAAUUUACAUCGACAAUCAAUUCGGAGAAGGAAUAAUCCCCUUUUUAGCAGAUGCAUUGGAAGAAAUCAACACUCGUAUACCUUAUCGAAGUGUAAUUUCUGAAUUCGCCACUUUAGAUCAGAUCAAAUCUGAGCUAUUGAAAUUGAUGAAUAUGCAGACUAGGGUUUUUAUUGUGCAUAUGCCGAUUUCACUCGGAUCGAAGCUUUUUGCAAUGGCGAAGGAAAUUGGUAUGAUGAGUGAAGGUUUUGUUUGGAUUGUUACAGAUGCAAUGGCGAAUCAACUGAAUUCGAUGGAUGCUUCGGUUAUUGAAUCUAUGGAAGGUGUUAUUGGGGUGAAACCUUAUGUACCGAAGAGUAAAAAAGUUGAGGAUUUUACUCAGAGAUGGAAGAUCAAGUUUCGAGAAGAAAAUCCGAGGAUUGUUGAUGUGGAAUUGGAUGUGUAUGGAUUAUGGGCUUAUGAUUCUGCUACUGCAUUAGCCAUGGCUGUGGAGAAAUCGAGAAUCAGUGGCGCCUUUUUUCGUAAACCAAAUGUUUCAGGAAAUGCAACAGAUCUUGAAGCUUUUGGAGUUUCGAGGGAUGGUCCAAAGCUUCUUAAAGCUAUACUAAACACUACUUUCAAAGGCCUUAGCGGAAACUUUCAACUUGUGGAUGGACAAUUGCAAUCUCCACCUUAUCAGAUCAUCAAUGUUGUUGGUAAUGGUGCUAAAGAAAUUGGAUUUUGGACAAGAGAAAAUGGCGUUGUUAGAAAACUGAAUUCUAGACGUGGAUAUUCUGUUUCUAAGGAGAAUUUUGGAUCCAUUAUAUGGCCUGGUGACACUACUUCUGUUCCUAAAGGUUGGGUGAUACCAACAAAUGGGAAGAAACUGAAAAUUGGAGUUCCAGUGAAGGAUGGUUUCACCGAGUUUGUGAAAGUUACAAGAGAUCUUACAACUAACACAACGACAGUUACUGGAUACUGCAUCGAUGUUUUUGAUGCAGUGAUGGAAGCAUUACCAUAUUAUGUUCCUUAUGAAUAUGUUCCUUUUGCUGCUCCUGAUGGAAAGAGUGCAGGAGAUUAUAAUGAACUGGUUUAUCAAGUAUUUCUUGGGAACUUUGAUGUUGUUGUAGGGGACACUACCAUUGUCUUGAAUAGGUCACAAUUUGUAGACUUUACAUUACCAUACACGGAAUCUGGAGUUACGAUGAUGGUUCCAAUCAAAGAUGAUAAUAGAGAUAAUACAUGGGUAUUCUUGAAGCCAUUGACUUGGGAGCUCUGGCUAACAAGCUUCUGUUCUUUUGUUUUCAUUGGCUUCGUCAUUUGGCUACUUGAACAUAGAGUAAAUGAAGACUUCAGAGGACCUUUUUGGCAUCAAGUUGGCAUGAUCUUUUGGUUCUCCUUCUCAACUAUGGUCUUUGCACAGAAGGAGAGGAUCGUAAGCAAUUUGGCGAGGUUUGUAUUGAUCAUCUGGUUCCUAGUGGUACUCAUAUUGACUUCAAGCUAUACAGCAAGUCUUACAUCAAUGUUAACAGUUGAAAAACUCCAGCCAACUGUUAAAGAUGUAAAAGAACUUCUGAAGAGCAAGGACUAUGUGGGCUACCAACCGGGUUCUUUUGUAGUAGGACUAUUACGAAAAAUGAACUUUGAUGAGGACAGGCUUAAGGCAUAUAAGACUCCAGAGGAAUGCGUUGAUUUACUCGCUAAAGGAAGUUCAAAUGGUGGUAUUGCUGCUGUUUUCGAUGAGAUUCCUUAUGUGAAGCUUUUCCUUGCAAAUUAUUGCUUGAAAUUUACCACGAUUGGACCUACGUAUAAGACUGAUGGCUUUGGAUUUGCCUUCCCGAUAGGAUCUCCUCUAGUACCUGAUGUUUCGAGAGCAGUGUUGAAUGUGACAGAAGGUGAAAAGAUGGUACAAAUAGAGAGAGCAUGGUUUGGUGAAUCUACAUGUUCCGAUUCUAGUACAUCACUCUCCUCCAACAGUCUUGGCCUAGAUAGCUUCUGGGGACUCUUUGUCAUGGCUGUAAUUGCUGCAGUUUUGGCUCUCGUCAUCUUUCUAACGAAAUUCAUACAUGAGCAUUGGCACAUCAUAAGACGAUCUAAUCUUUCAUUGCGCGAAAGAAGCAGAAUCUUGGCCAGGAAGUUUGACACAAAGGACUAUAGUUGUCAUACUUUCAAGAAAAGUGAACUAAGAGAUGUACUAGCAGAUUCAACACAUGAUUUAGAUUGUUCGCGGAGUCCUCAUGGUAACUUGUCAUCGUUACCUUCUCCACGAACUAUUGGACCACCAAGUCCAAGCAAUUCUAGUCAUACAGAGCAGAUGUUACAUUUUCCAGGGGAGGAAGGAGAUUCACCUUCGCGUGGCGAGAAUGAAGCAGUUAAUGGUCAAGUAGAAAUGGUUUAA